CCGCGUCCAGCCAUUCCCAAACGGCAUCUAGUUCUUCAUUUCCUUCUGCGCUGAUACAGUUGAGUUGCUUGGGCCGGUUCAGAGUUACGAGGAGGAUCUCUGGUGUUGGGUGGGAGAGGAUGCAGUAUUUGGUCUGAGGUGGAGGUGCCAUGAUUGAGGUUGAAGAGUCGAAUGAAUGUUGGUAUUAUACAAUGCUGGCGCUGUGUGAUUUUCCUGGUUGUGAUUCAAGCUGGACUUCUGUUCGAAGUUGAUUGUCUGUUCGAAAACGAAUUGGAUCCAUCAUGUACGAUCAGAAUGACCGAGGUGUUGUUUACAGCUGCGGGGUGGAUGAUGAUCACAGCCGAGGGCUUGUCAUACUCUCUUGUCCAAGGGCUGCAGACCUACAUGUUAUGUACGACUUGGAUGGUUCAGUCGUCUCUACAAGAUCAUGAGAUGAAUCUUCGUUGCAAGAUUGUGUGUCUCCAAAGACCAUAAAGGAAGAAUGGUCUGUCUGUAUUCGGGUGCGACUUGAGCUUGAGCAUGGACCACAAGCACCGAGUCAUGCGUUGAACCCUGAGGCG